AACUGCUUAAUUUUGAUCUAAAAAUCUUGAAGCCCUAUCGCGGUCUCCGGUUCCUCCCGAUAGUUAGCAGUUCAGUCCGCUAGACCACUCUCCAGCCUCCAACCGCCCGCCGCACAACCUGAGUCGCAUAGCCUAGCUGCACACAUCUAAAGUCGCCGGCCCUCCACCUGCGAGAAGUUUCGUAGUCAUCCGCGUUCUCCAGCCUAGCGGCGCCGUACGCCUCCCUUCAAUCGAUUCAACGAGAAGACAUUUCAUUCUUCAAUUUAGCUAUUUCCUUCCAUUUACCUGAAACAGAAAAGAGAAAGAUGAACAAGAAAGAGAUACUAAAACUAGCAAAAGGUUUUAGGGGAAGAGCGAAGAACUGCAUUCGUAUAGCAAGAGAGAGAGUGGAGAAGGCCUUACAGUAUUCCUACAGAGACCGUCGCAACAAGAAGCGAGACAUGCGCGCUCUCUGGAUUCAACGCAUCAAUGCCGGCACCCGCCAACAUGGUGUUAACUAUGGGAACUUCAUGCAUGGUCUGAUGAAGGAGAACAUUCAGCUGAACAGGAAAGUUUUGUCAGAGUUAUCUAUGCAUGAACCAUAUAGUUUCAAGGCCCUCGUAGACAUAUCUCGUAAUGCCUUUCCUGGAAACAAAAAUGUGGUACUUCCUCCCAGGAAGGUAAACGUUUCAAUUAACGUGUAACUGGUAGUUUUGGUUGCUCAUCCUUUCACUGCCAAUCUGGUGUUUCUUCUGAAACAAACCUUUGAAUAAUUGGACUUGUAUGUUUCAUACUAAGCAACUUCUUUCAUUUUUAAGUGUCUGUUUUGCUUCCA